GAUUACAUAGGCAAAAAUAAAUUUAAAUGGCAUAAAUAAACGUCAAAAUAUCUAUUUCAACAUCUGUGAAUAAAACUCAAUAAUACAAUGAAUCUACGAUCCGUCUUCUUGAUUCUAUUUCUGGGAAAUAUUUUAUUUGAGUCAACUACUGAAGCUUCCAUCAGAAGAUCAAAGAGAAGCACAUUGAAAUCACUUGAAGACGUUCUCGGGAUCAAAGGAAGCCCUAACAAGAGGAAAUCGAAACCAGUCAAAAUAACCCCGCCUCUACGACUCAAGCCAGGAGAAACGUCAGAACAACCACCAGGAUGGAAACAUUGCAUAAAGACCAUGAGAGCGACUCUCAACUGGAAAGUUUUUAAAAGUCCUGGAUAUCCAGACUUCCUUGAAUCACAGAUCCAAUGCUCAUGGAUACUUGAAGCUCCAAUAGGAAUGCGUGUGAAAAUUGCAUUCAGAGAUCUGGACAUGAUUGGAGCAACUGGAUCGUGCGCUAAGCAGUUUGUUCAGAUCAUCGACGUUUCAACUGGAAAAUCGCAAGGACGGUUCUGUGGUGGAUCGCGACCUGGAGAUUAUGUUACUCUAGGUACAUUUGCACGAAUUGAUCUACAAGCUGAUAAGGCGGUAACAAAAGUGCGAGGGUUUCUCAUCAGUUUCAUGGCGGUUAAAGAGAUUCCCGGAUUCAGAUCUUCAAAGAUAUUUCCUUCAAUGGGGAAAGGUGGUGGCGAGGGAGCCCCUGGAAAAGUCGACAUGAAAAACUUUCUGUCAAAAUCAGGUGCCGGCAUGCCUAAGUCAUCCCCAGGAAGCAAACGUGCAUCACGUCGUCUUGUCUACGAUUCAGAUAGAAAUCCGUCUGCUACAGAUCCGUCAAUUACCACUGAAAGCAACCCGGCUAACACCGUUGGAAGUGAUGAUGACCUUGGUUGGAUUGGAAACGACGCAGACAUCAACAUAGUUCCACGAGCACCAUCUGGCGGACCACUCAAAGUCAGACCCGGAGGGAAUAGAGGUCGUCAGACUAACCCGAGACCAACUCGACCAAGACCAACUCGACCUACAAACAGCGGGCCGAUUAUUAUAACUCAAAGCACACCUCCAGUCCGUAUAAGAGCAAAGAAACUUGUUCAACCAUCGACAACACCGCCCGAAUAUGAUCCGGAAGAGGUCGCUAUAAGCCAUGGACCGGUGAUUUAUGGGGCAGACAAUCAGCCUUAUGAUUCCAGUCUCUAUACAACGCUUCACCCAGUUCGAGGAAACAAGUUUGUUGAUCACAGACCCGAAGUUCUCACAACAACGAAUCUCAUCAUUAUAAUUGCUUGUGGUGGAUUGUUUCUAUUGAUGUUGGCUGCCUUGAUUUUAUUUUGGUGGUUUUAUCGGAAAAGAAGAAUCAGGAAAAGGAAGAAACGGCAAGCUGAACUACGGAAUAAGAAAAAAGAAGAGGAAGAAAGAAUGAAUUUGAAUGUUAUAAAUUUGAGCGCAGAAGGAGAUCAACGGAAAAUAAGGGAAAUAGAAAUGCAAGAAAUAGAAAGACGCAAAGAGCUGCCAUUAGUCCAAAGCCAAGCGCGAGACUCCCCGCCAAGAUAUCCAGGACAAAGAGAGUCCAGAAUGCCUGGAGUCCCACCUCCUCCAGAACUUCCGCCAACAUUAUCACGCCAAUACGACCAACGUGGAAGAGAAGAACUACGUCACGAGGUACGUCAUGAGAUGCCAAGUCACAUCCAAUUACGUCAGGAUGAAUUUCAAAACAAAGGAAUAUUUAUGCCAAGCAAAGCCAGACAGUAUCAGUUGGAUAUGCAACGUCGUUCCGGGUAUGGCGGUGAUAAACGUCAUCAUACAAUUGACCCACGACGUCAUCAGCAAAAUAUGACAUCACAGUUUCGUCAUCAAAGCCUAGACCCAAGAAAUCUUGAAAGAGAUCAUGAGAUUGGUAUCAGGCUUUACCCAAAUACAAUACAAAGAGGAGGUAAUUUCAGACAUAAAGGGGAAUACCCGAGAGAACCCCCACGUCCAUACCCAAACGGGAUAACUGGUGUUGACGACUUAGAUGAGGAUUAUGAGAGCGGAGUCAGUGAAAACUCUGGGUCUGGAAAGGCCGCGAUGAGAAGGGAAUAUAGCCCUUGGGAACUUGAGCAACAGAAACGAGAAAGAAAGAAAAAAUUAAUAGCGGGAGAGAUUUAAAACUAAAUUUACCAGGUUUAUCUGAUACUCAUUAAUUGCAAGUUACAUUGCAAUUCACUUCAUGGGUGGUGAAAAAUGACUGAUCCACUAUUUUCAUGCUCGACUUGGACUUGACCUAGGAAAACGUCGUGGUCUUUUAUAUGGUUAAUCUUGAGUUUUAAACUGGACUAGUCAGGUAUUUUAUGUCUGUCUACAUUAAGUUCAAGUAGUUGAUCUCUAAGGUAUCUUUUGUGCAAAGCCCCCGUCAAAAACAAAAAAAAAACAGCCCGCCAAUUCUCAAACUAAGAAAACUUGUAGGUAUCCAGAUAGCUAGAGUGAAGAAUGCGCUGGACAUUUAAAUUUUCUGCAUUACUUGCGAGGAAUUUUCACAAAAUAUCCUCCCUAAGUACUCCAAAUUAUCUGGUAGAUCAGGCUGGUAAGUCUAAGAGGGUGCGUGGUUAGCAAUAUAUUUAAGCCACCUUACCUCUCUCCUAAGAGAAAUAUGAUAAUUCUACCCUAAUACUGAAAUGUAACUUGACUUGACAAAAGGCCGGCGGUUGGUGGUUUAUCAAUUAAUAACACCAGCAGUUCCCAAAUGAUGCAAAAAUUAAUGGAAUUGUGUUUAAAAAAUAUGAUUUAAUAUUUUACAUAUUGUAUUUAUCAUAAACGUUUUAUUGUUGCUUAUUUUGAAUGUUGUGUAUAUGAAAAAAAUUGACAUUUUGCCCUAA